GUUCUUCCCUCCCCGUCCUCCCCCACCCUCGGGCGAGGGGUACUCUGGAGCCCGUCUCCAUCCCGCCACGCUGGCACGGUGUCCCGGUCCCGCAGGCUGACCGGGGUGCAGCCCCGUCCCCGGUAAUGCCCGGGAGGGAAGCGGCCGUCUCCAUCACCAGGGGUGCCUGCACCGUGUCCCUCGCUCCGCCAGCCGCAGCAGCGCCUGGAUCCCGGUCCUGGGAGAAGGCUGACUUUUACGACCCGUGGAGGGACUAGCAUGGGAGAAACCUUCCCUGGGCAUGGGCAGCGCUAAGGAGCCCGAGGGGCUGCAGGUGCUGAGCUGCCAGGCCGGGUCUGAGGACGCCUGUGAGCCCUGUGCCAGCUCCCCUGGCUGCCCAGCGACAGGCGAGUGCCUGCCCGGCUCCGGCUGUGCGGCGGGAGCCCGUGCCAUGAGGACCUGCUGUGUGGCUGAGGCAGAGUCUCAGGGCACCAAGGCCAGCUCAGUGACAGAGAAGAAGGUGCCAUCACCAGCAGGACCAGCUCCUGGCACACUUCUCCAGGACACCAGCACAGUAGCAACAGGGAGCUGCGGAGGACCAAGUGGUGCUGCCCCUGCCUGUGGUCCCACAGGGAUGGGGGUCCCCAACACCCAGAAAGAGGAUGCAGCCCCCACUUCCCCUGUGCCCGAUCCCUGCCUUCAGGCAUCCAGCAAGGACAUGGGCAGCACGCCAGCUCUUGCCAAACACGUGGCAUUCGUGGAGCCCACCGCAAGCAUCGGGACAGCUGAGCUUCCAAGCCAGGAGCAGCCCCAGGAUGGCAAAGGGACAUCCCUGGGUGCUGCUCCCCAGACAAAGAGCGGUGAGGCUCCCAAGCACCCCCAGGGAGGCACAGCAGACCCCUCCAGCACCAGCACUGCGGGGACUGGGGGUCGAAGUGAGCCAGGACCAAGCUCCACUGCCCUGGGCAAGGGAAAAGCUGAGGGGAGCUCAGCCCGGGAUGUGGGACCUGGGAGCAGCCAGCAGCCCCAAACAGCCAAGCAGCUCUGUGAAUCCUACUCCUUUGAUGUGACCCCGCCCCAGGACGCUGGGACACAAGACAUGGGGACGCAAGUGGACAGCCGUGUGUCCCUGGUGUCGGUGGCCUUAAGCCCCAUGAGCCCCCCAUGCGGGGCUGCUGCCUUCACCUUCCCCAAGAGAGAGACGGCCUCUGCAGCCCCACGCCUGGAGCCCUCCAAGAAGGACGCGGAGAUGCAGGUGUCCAUGCCCGUGGAGACCCGCUCAGUGGCCACUGGGCCGAUGACACCAGUGGCCAAGUCCCCGCAGACCUCGUAUCCAGACGUGCAGGUGAAAGGGACGGUGCCGGAGGUGGUGGAGGAGGAGCCUCCGGAGCCCAUCCGGGAGGUGAGCUGGGAUGAGAAGGGGAUGACGUGGGAGGUGUACGGGGCCUCCAUGGAGGUGGAGGUCCUGGGCAUGGCCAUCCAAAAGCACCUGGAGAAGCAGAUUGAGGAACACGGGCGGCAGGUGGUGGUGACCCCGCAGACCACCCGCACUGGCUCCGUCAAGGGAGUGCCCCGCAAAGGCGAGGCCAAGAGGCAGCCCAGUGUUUUUCGGGCUCUGCUGCAGAACGUCCGGCGGCCCCGGUGCUGCUCCCGCGCCGGCCCGGCCAUGGAGUGAGUUGCUGUCUAUGCUGGCAGGGUGGGGGUGCCUCGGGGCUUCUCAGAGAAAGUGGGGAUGGGUCCCUGCCCUAGCGUCCUGAGACACCCAGUGCCAGCGUGCAGGGCUGUGGUGGUGAUGGAGCACUGCACACUGGGACAAGGUAUCUCCUUUGCUGGGGUCCUCCCUGUUGGCCUGGGGUUCCCCUGUGGGUAGCCCCAUGGAGGUGUCCUUGGACAUGAGACUGGUGCCCUGUCUCUGUGCUUGGUGGCUUUUUUCAGCACGAGGAAGUACGUGGCUCCUUCCAGAUGGAGGCAGCUGCUCCUGUGCGUCUCCUGCCGUGGCACAGGUCUGAAGAAGGCUCAGGGUGGGUGCUGCUGGCUGCCCUGAACUCUGGCACUCCAAGCAGCAGCAUCCCUUCCCAAGUUGGAGAGACAUUCCAAGCCCAUGGCUGUGCACGCGUGGAUCCCCACAGCUGCCCACAGCAGGCACCAAUCCCCCAACUGCCCCGUCCUCUCUGCCUCACUGCCGUGUUGUGGGUGCCCUGGAGCAGGAGGAUGUGGCCACACAGGGCACCAGGACAGAUCUCAAACAAGAGAGACGGGCCAACCACGUGUGUGAUGGAGAACUGCUCAUCCCUGUUGCUGUGGCUGGUGGUGCUUGGGGAGUCUUGUCCCCACGGCCCCCGGCUCGACCUGCCUGGAAGCAUCCUCGCCAGGCUGGUGGUGGGCAUGAAGCCAGGGCUGUCCAGCUGCCCCAGUGGUGCCAGAAAGGCCCCAUGUUCUGGGGACAUGGGCAUGUGCCCCACUGGUUUCUUCUCUCCAACAGCAGCUGGGGACGUCACGACCGCGAAACGCUGCCACUUUUUACAGCUGGGGUUUUACAGGGUGGGGGGAAGGGGAGCUUUUAUUGAACUGUGUUUGCAUUUUUGGAGCUUUUUAAGAGACACUUUCAGCCAUGAGCAUCCUGCCUGGAGCCACCUCCUCCACGGUGGCCUGUGGGGUUGAGACCAUCUUUUCAAACCUGUGUUGCCUAUGCUCUGCUAGGCUGAAGAGCAUUGGGAGUGAAGAGUCAGUCUGCAGGGGGGUGAAAUAUGGCUGGCAGCACCUCAAUGUCCUGCCAAGGUGUGGAUCCUGACCCCCUCAGCCUGGACCAACCUGACAGUGCCACAGCAAGGGGAGCUCAGGUCUGUGUCCAGCAUCUGAUGGGCAGGAGGCUGCAAACAAGGGGUGCUUGGAGAGCUGCACCAUCCCCUCUGGGCAGAAGUGCAGGAGGGCUCAAGGUGCCAGAGUCACCACUGCAGCCGUUUUUCCUCGUUAAGGGUAAAGUCUUGCCCACCAAAACCCACACUGUACAUCCUGGGCUUGUUUUGUCCCUGUGGGGCUGCAAAGGGCUUGCUGAAGCGCCGGCUGGCAGCCAGGGCUGUGGCAAGUGCCCGCUCUGUGCCACGGCUCUCGCUGGGACCUGGCUCUGCUCAGUGCCUUGGGCUGUGGGACCGGUGCCAUGGCCAUGCCAGGAAGACCAGGAGCCCUGGGGCCUCCCCUUGCCACCCUGCCCCAGGCUGUGCUCACCUCCAGCCCCGCACUGCCAGCUGUGGCACACCAGCGCUGCGGCUUCAUCACCUGUUUUCUUCUUUUUUUCCUCUCUUCAUUUCUUUUGGGGGUGGGGCGGGGGGAGGAAGGGGAGGGAGGAUCAAUCUGUCAAUGUGGAUGUUGGGUAAUAAAACCUUGCACAAACCUC